AUGCCCUAUUCCUGGGGACGAGCGCCAGGAGGGGACAAGACUGACUGGGUCAUGCACGAGUACCGACUGGCAGAGGAUUCGCCUGAAGCUGGACCUGCUGCUACAGAUGUGGUACGAGCUACAGCUGCAGCGAGCGAAUCAGACCCAGCAGCAGCUGCUACACAAAGCACCGCACCUGGUGUGGUUGCAGCUGGUGGCACUGCCAUAGGCCGGACCGGCAGCAGAACGCACGAAGCGACGCACCCAGAUACUGGUGCAGGAGGUGAUGUAGUUGGUGGCUUCGGCAGGAGCAGUAGCAGCAGCCCCAAAGCCAACAGUCCAAAGACCGAACCUGGCAGUGAUAGGAGGAUUGGCACGACGUCAUGGGUGGUUGUACGGGUGCUCAAACGAAGCUCCCUGACAGCGGAGGAAGAAGCGAUGGGGGCAAAGCAACCUGUGGUAGCACAACCAAUGGUGUCACGGAAUGAGAUGGUAGAACAGCAGAUGAUGGUGAUGCAGCAGCUGUGUGGGGCUCCUUCACCAAAAGGAAAACCAGAGACGGACGAAGAGGAACCAGUGGCAGGGUACCAUGCGGGUUUAUCAGUGCAUGGCGUGCACUUUAGAGGUGAUUCACCCUCACUAGAUUCUCCACGGAAUAACUCCCCAACUACCCUCUCAAGAAGCCUGUCCCCCAACUCCUCAUGCUGCACAAUGCCUGUGGAUGUGCGGAGCAGCGUUGUGGCAAACCGAGAAGCAGCUGUAGGUGCAACGAUUCCUGUAGGUCCAGAGGAGGAAGACGCAUCAAUAGUGGCAAAGGUGGCAAUAACAGGAGCAGCAGAGGGAGAAGCAGUCGAAGCAGUACCGAUGGAGGUACAAGGAACAGGAGCAGGAGUGGGAGCAGACAAGCUAAGCAGCAGCUCAGCAAACAAGCAGCAGAAAAGCAGCAGACAAGCAGGGGGGUUCUUGAAGGGCCCGCUAUGCCCGGAGAACUUGCCAUCUUUCAAGCACUAUCUGUUUGAAUUAAAGCCGCCUGGAAGCGGCAGGAGUGAUGGUGGUGUGGAGGGCAGGGAUGGAAUGGGAGAGCAGCAGCAAACGGAAGAGGAACAGCAGAUGCAAAAGGAGCAGAAGAAGUGGGAACUGGCGAAAAAACUGGACUGGAGGGUAGAACUGGACAGUAGAGAAGAGGACGGGCAGAAGGUGCAGGGGAAGGCAUCCCCACGGGGGAAAAGGCACAAAGGACAGCAAGGGGGAAAACCUGUGGACCAGGACCAGCAACGCCAGCAGCAGGAGGAGGAGAAGAAGAAACGUCAGCAGCAGCAGCAGCAUGCUGAACUCCACCAGUAUCAAACACUUCAACAGCAGAGACUCAGUCCUGAUCAGCAGAAGCAGCAACAGCCUGUAGCAGAAGAAGACUCCAAAU